AUGUCGAACAUUUUCGGGGCCCGCCCUGGACGGCCUUUGGCGAUACGUCGACUCCUUGGUACCCCUUCUUUCCUGCCUAUCUACCUUCCAAUUCGACAAAGAGACCUGCACCUAUUCUCGGACAUCCCCGAUGAGGACUUCGGUGGAUUCUAUGCCUACGCGCGUCGCAUCCGCUGGCUGCGACCCUCCCGUGACAGCCCUAGCAUUGACGUGUCAGUAUAUACCUCCCUUUGGUCCAAGAUCGACGGAUGUCUUCUCCCAGGUCUUCAAAUAUUUGAUCUUUCCGCUGCGCCAGACUACCCUCGCGUCGCGCCAUCAUCAGUGUUAUUGUCCGAGUCCUUACAUACUGUUGACAUCUCAGCCUAUCGUCGCAUGUCACCAGGCACAAUCAAGAAUUUGGAGUAUUACUUUAGUUGCAUGGUGACCGAGUCUCCCAGCGUGCAGAAACUGCGAGUCUCCGCACAUUUUGCAUCAGCCUGUCUUUCACAUCUGUCAGGGCUGCACAACCUGCAAGUGUUGGAGUUCCAGAAAGAAUUGAUAUACUCAGCCCAAGGGCAGGGCGAUGCGACGAAGGAAGCGAUGCUGGCACUUUCGGGGCUGAGAAGCCUUGUCACCCUGCGUAUGGAUGUUCAAGGGGAAACAUUCGAAAUGGAAACGCUAGCCAUGCACGACCUCCCGUGCCUCGAGGUGGUCGAACUAAAUGGGAUACUGGAUCCUAUGGUGUCUAUCUUACGCCACCUCCCGAAGCACCGUAUCCAUUCCCUCAGGUUUGACGUUCUCUGCCGGGCCGAAUCCGACCCUAUCCAGAAUGUGGCGGUCGACCAUCAUUGCCUGUUCAAGCAGCUCGCGUUCCCGCAGCUACGUAUCCUCAAGUUCUACUCAGAGGUGGGCGGGGGGGACGACGAGCUGCCGGUCCAGACAGGAGAGCUCCUAUCGGAGGCGUUGCGCUGUCGGCAUUUGGAGACGCUAGACGUGAACUUUGUCUGUGCUCAGGUAGCCACUGACGACGAAGAUAUCCGGAACAUGGCGCUAGCAUGGCCAAAAAUCCAGAGGGUCAAAUAUGUGCAAUGCGAGGAGACUAUGCAUCCAGCCGGCUUGCCGACGAUAUUCGCCCUUGAACAUUUCGCUCAACAUUGCCCUGACUUGACGAUACUGGAUGUCAUUCUCAAUGCGGACGUAGAUUAUUAUCCGGCAGAUAUAACUCCGUACACGCACGGCCUGAAGCGAUUACUCUUGAAUGAGAUAGAAGUAUGGCUGUUGCGCCACGAGUGUUGGAGACACCUCGCCCGGUAUCUGGACAGUCUAUUCCCGAAUCUGGAAAUACUCGACGAGGAUGAUACAGGGGACAACUGGGCGCAGAUGUUUCAGAACAUCGAUAUCCUUCAGCAGGCCACUCUGACUAUUGGAUAUACUUACGGUUGUUUUGCUUCCGCAGAGGUCAAGUUGAUCUCUGCGGAACACCUAGCAGCCCCACUUCCGGAGGAAACAGAAUUCCGCUGUUUCUUUGAUGACUCGCCUAGUCGCGGCUUGGAGUCUAGUGACCUACGGAAGAGGCGCAGUGCUCUCCGCAAUGCUGCCACGGAUUUUGCCGGCGAAGUUUCUGACUCACUUUGGACUAUACUUGACAACUAUGCUCGUCGAAUACGUUGGUUGGAUUGCGAGUUAUGUCCUGACGUUAGCGAUGAUGUCUGGCAAUACCUGUGGUGGCAUAGGGGUCCUAGUCUGCUCCCAAGACUGCAAAGCCUUCAACUUAAUCAUGGGGGCCUUUGGCAUCUGGAUCACUUGUCACUUUUGAUCGGGCCUAGUUUGAUCUUUGCAGAUAUUUCAACUUUCCAUCGAGGAUCGGCAGCAGAGACUAGGAUGGCUGUACACUAUCUGGGCAGAAUUGCCGCGUACUCGCGAGGCCUUCGCCACCUAUUUGCAUCUACAUAUUUGAGUGCAGCAUGUUUUAAGGGUAUUACUAUGCUUCCCAACCUGCGCAGUUUGGAACUUCAGGAAAGGUACCGUCCUUAUCAUCACAAGCAUGUUGGGUUGCCCUCGUCAUUGGCCAAGGAAACUUUGGGGGCUGUGUCUGGGAUGAGAGGUCUCAGGUAUCUGCGUUUUCACCUGUCCGGACGUGACCUGCUCACCGAGGGAUUGGCAUUUUGGGAGCUCGUAAACCUCAGUUCCAUCGAGCUAUGGGGUGAUCUACUUCCUGUUGCUUCUGUCCUAUGA